AACGGGUUUGCCCUCCCAUAAUUAGGCAAAUACCCCACAAACGCUCCACUAACUUUCCCCUUUAAAACCUUCUCCUCCCCCACCCCAACCUCCUCCUCCAACACCCUUCGCUUCCCUGUCUUCCUCCUUCGCCAUGGUUCUCUCUCGCGCCCAAUCGGAGUCGUCGGACUCCUCAGUCCACUCCACCUUCGCCUCCCGCUACGUCCGCACCUCUCUUCCCAGAUUUCGGAUGCUGGAUGAAUCGAUACCGAAGGAGGCGGCUUACCAGAUCAUUAAUGAUGAGUUGAUGCUUGAUGGGAACCCUAGAUUGAACUUGGCGUCGUUCGUGACGACGUGGAUGGAGCCGGAGUGCGACAAGCUCAUCAUGGCCUCUAUUAACAAGAACUAUGUCGACAUGGAUGAGUAUCCAGUCACCACUGAGCUCCAGAAUCGAUGUGUCAACAUCAUCGCUCACCUCUUCAACGCCCCCCUCGCUGACUCCGAGGCUGCGAUCGGCGUCGGGACUGUCGGCUCAUCGGAAGCCAUAAUGCUCGCCGGACUCGCCUUCAAGAGGCGGUGGCAAAACAAGAUGAGAGCUCAAGGGAAGCCAUGUGACAAGCCAAAUAUCGUCACAGGUGCCAAUGUUCAGGUAUGCUGGGAGAAAUUUGCCAGAUAUUUUGAGGUUGAACUGAAGGAAGUGAAGCUGAGAGAUGGAUACUAUGUGAUGGAUCCUGAGAAGGCCGUUGAAUUAGUGGACGAGAAUACAAUAUGUGUUGCUGCCAUUUUGGGCUCUACUCUCAACGGAGAGUUUGAAGAUGUUAAGCUCCUGAACGAUCUCCUCAUAAAGAAGAACAAGGAGACUGGAUGGGAUACACCAAUACAUGUGGACGCGGCCAGUGGGGGGUUUAUAGCGCCGUUCCUGUACCCGGAGCUGGAGUGGGACUUCAGGCUUCCUCUUGUUAAGAGUAUUAACGUGAGCGGGCAUAAAUAUGGACUCGUCUACGCUGGCAUCGGCUGGGUUAUUUGGAGGAGCAAGGAAGACCUUCCAGAAGAACUUAUCUUCCACAUCAACUAUCUGGGCGCUGAUCAGCCCACGUUCACUCUCAAUUUCUCCAAAGGAUCAAGCCAGGUCAUUGCACAAUACUAUCAACUAAUUCGCCUGGGAUUCGAGGGGUACAGGAACAUAAUGGAGAACUGCCAGGAAAACGCCACCGUUCUGAAAACCGGCCUAGAAAGUACCGGCCGGUUCACCAUCGUCUCCAAGGACCGGGGUGUCCCGCUCGUUGCCUUCUCCCUCAAAGACCGGAGCCGACACGACGAGUUCGAGGUCUCCGACUACCUCCGCCGGUUCGGUUGGAUCGUGCCGGCCUACACGAUGCCGCCCGAUGCCCAGCACGUGACGGUUCUCCGCGUCGUCAUCCGCGAAGAUUUCAGCCGCACGCUUGCCGAGCGCCUCGUCUUCGAUAUCCAGAAGGUUCUGCAAGAGCUCGACGCUCUGCCGUCCAAGUUCCUCGUGGUCGCAGCCGGCGAUAAUGGGGCUGCGGAGAAGGCGGUUAAGGCGGUUAAAGCCGGAGAUAGUGACAGCGUGAUUUUGGUGAAGAAGGCGGAGGUAGAGACGCAGAGGAAGGUUGCUGAAGCUUGGAGGAAGUUUGUUAUUGCGCAUAAGACCAAUGGGGUUUGCUGAUUGGUGGGUAAGCAAAAAGUUUGGGUUUUGAGAGUAGUGUAAUGAGUUUGAACCUACUCUGCUAUAUAUAAAUUACACGGGACAGUCUAAAUUUGCGUCAGGAGAGUUUUGCUUCAGAUAUAUUUACUGAUUUAUUAUUAGCGUGCGCUAAACUUCAAAUGUGGAUCGUCUGGCUUUUAAAAUUCUAUUUUAGUUUCUGUUUUGCUAAAUUU